AUGAUUGCACUUCUCGCUACAACCUACAGCUGCUUAGCGGGGACUGACUUGGCAACGAACAGCCAGAUCUGGCUGGCGGCCAAAAAGGCAGCAUUGGAUCCGUAUCGCUUCCUGAAGAGAUGUGGGCGAAGCACCUGGAGCAGGGGCUGGGCCCUCUUCUUCGUAAAGCGCGCCACCGAAGGGGUGCCAGGCAAGGUUGUUUGCUUGCUCAGCCGCUCGCAGCCUCUUCGGCCGCACAGCAAGGCCAUGGCUGCCUUUGUCGCCGUUCCCAGCUCCGCAACCAGCACUGCCCUGCGGGGCAGCCUGCAGCAUGUUCCCCAGGCUCCUCCGAGCCCUGCUCCAGCGGCAUCUCUUGCAGUCAAGGGAGCCCUGGGUGUUGCAGCCGUGGGUGCUGCAGUGGCCGCGGGCACGCGCCGUAAGCAUCGGUCUGCUCUUGCAGGUGCAGCUACCGUGACCAAGCUCUCAAAGACACGGUCUCUUGCAGAUGCGAAGGUUGUCGUGUGUGCAGGCGCAAUGCUCCCAGAAGCUCAGCUGCAGCCCGAUGGCAUGAAUGGGAAAGAGGAGGGACGCAAGCUGCGUGUGGCCGUCAUCGGCGGUGGCCCGGCCGGCGCCAGCACAGCAGAUGCCUUGGCCCAGGAGGGCAUCGAGACUUACCUCAUCGAGAGGAAGCUGGACAACUGCAAGCCAUGUGGUGGGGCCAUUCCUCUGUGCAUGAUCGAGGAGUUCGACCUGCCAAAGGACAUCGUGGACCGCCAGGUUCGCAAGAUGACCAUGAUCUCUCCUACGAACAAGGAGGUGCAGAUUGGCCAGACCCUGAAGGACGACGAGUUCAUCGGCAUGGUGCGCCGCGAGGUGCUUGACGACUUCCUCCGCCAGAGGGCCAAGACCAACGGUGCCACGCUGAUCAACGGCCUCUUCAUGGGCAUGACGAUCCCUCAGAGCAAGGAAGGUUCUGCACUCUCGGGGCUGUUGCUCUGCCAAAACGACCCGCUCGGGCUUUUCGCAAGCGUCAGAAAAGGCGAGAAGAAGACCUUGGAAGUCGAUGUCGUGGUCGGAGCUGAUGGUGCCAACAGCCGGGUGGCCAAAGAUAUUGAUGCUGGAGACUACGAAUAUGCAAUCGCGUUUCAGGAGCGCAUGCGCAUCCCAGAUGGCAAGAUGGAUUACUACAAGGACCGAGCGGAGAUGUACGUUGGCGAUGACGUGUCGCCGGACUUCUAUGCCUGGGUCUUCCCCAAGUGCGACCAC